CCGCGCAGGUGACCCAGCCCGGCGGCGCAAAGCCACGCCCCGGCGAGCCCGCCCCUGGGACUCCCAGGUAGAGAUGGGUGAAGGCGUUGCGUGCGGGUGUGAGAGCUUCCCCAAGUGAUAGCCUUCCCCAAGCCCUGUUCUGAAGCGAGGCGGGUGGCCAAUAGUUGAAGCGUUGAAUGAAACCAUUGGCUACAUUCUGUGGGCAUUAGAGAUGCUUGCGGAGACAGAAGGUGGACCGCAAGCCGGGGGUGUCAGUUCCCUGGAAACGACGUGGUUGAGUCGCUGCCGGAGUUGCUCUAUCCAGGGCAGCAGCAAGCAGCCAGCCGGAGUUUUCUCCCUGUUCCCCGACUUGGCGCUGUAGGAGUCAAGUUAAAGAAGGAUUAAUUGGCAUUUCAUUCCCAGCAAGGAGAAGAAAAGAGAAGUCUCUCGGUAAACGGAUGUAAAAGGAGUCUCUCUUUCAAAAGCGCUUCUUCCCUAAAGCUGGGGGAUCUAGACGUCUAUAUUUCUUUCCCGUUAAGACAAACUCUGGGUACGAAAAUCCUCGGCGCGGCAAACGCGCUUCUGGAAAUGGCCCCUCCCGGGAGCCGUGGCGUGACGUCACCUCCGCGCGACGACCAGCCCUAAGAGCGGGCGCCGCUCACUGUCCCCAGCUCGGAGGUGCCGUCCGUCGCCUCUGACCCCCUUCUGUCGCGAUGGACAGCCUUGGGGAGUCGCCCACAGACAAAGGCGGGGAGCCAGGGGAGUCAGAGGAGACGAGAGCUACUCCUGGGGCCCCGGUCGCCGCCGACACUGAGGGAAUCCCGGAGGAAGCCGACCGGGAUGGAGAGGCGGACUUGAAAGAAGCCGCGGCGGAGGAGAGCGAGCUCAAGAGUCGGGAUGUCUCAGAUUUAACAGCAGUCGAGAGGGAAGACUCAUCAUUACUUACUCCUGCAGCCAAAAAGCUGAAACUAGACACCAAGGACAAGAAGGAGAAGAAGCAGAAGGUGGACGAAGAUGAGAUUCAGAAGAUGCAAAUCCUGGUCUCUUCUUUUUCUGAGGAGCAGCUGAACCGUUACGAAAUGUACCGCCGGUCAGCCUUCCCUAAGGCAGCCAUUAAAAGGCUGAUCCAGUCCAUCACUGGCACCUCUGUGUCUCAGAAUGUUGUGAUUGCCAUGUCUGGCAUAUCUAAAGUUUUUGUCGGGGAGGUGGUAGAAGAAGCCCUGGACGUGUGUGAGAAAUGGGGAGAAAUGCCACCCCUGCAGCCCAAGCACAUGAGGGAGGCCGUCCGGAGGUUGAAGUCCAAGGGACAAAUCCCCAACUCAAAGCACAAGAAAAUCACCUUCUUCUAAAUCUAAUGGAGACUGUUGCAGACUUUUCAUAGCUGGGCUCCUGUACUGGGGCUUUGUUGGUGGUGCUCCCAGGACGCAUGAUGCGGCUUUUAAUGUUUCUGUCACACCCACAAGACAUGCAGUGUGACUCAGACUUGCCUUCAGUCAAUCACCGACUGUCCUUGGGCAUGUAGAAGAAUUUCACUGACUCUUGGCUAGUUUGAAGAAAAAAUAUACAGGGGCCGUUAGUAUCUUCUGGAGAGGGACAUUAGUAUCUUCUGGAGAGGGAGAUGGUUUCAGAGAAAACUCUAGUGGCUUCACAUUGAAGCCUAAAGUUGCCAAGAUCCAGGUUGUUUCUUACUCUGGUUUUCAAAACACAAACUUGCAAUCAUCUGCUGUGACGAGCCACCGUGGCAGCUUCUCACCAGUGACAUUUCAGGUUCUCCUGUGUAUUUUGUGAGGGAUCAUUAAACUUUUCCAACCUGUGUGGGAAAGUUGAUUUUGUUGCAAACAAAACACUUCCUGUGUUGAAAUAAAACUUGGCUUUUUAAAA